AUGGGUAAGAAAAGACGUGGUCCCACGCUGGAAGAGCUCAUGGCUCGUCCAUGGUGCUACUACUGCGAGCGCGACUUCGACGACUUGAAGAUCCUCACCCUACACCAGAAAGCGAAGCAUUUCAAAUGUGAUCGCUGUAAUCGGAGACUAAACACAGCUGGAGGUCUAUCGGUGCACAUGAGCCAGGUUCACAAGGAACAGCUCACAGAGAUUGAAAAUGCCCUGCCCAACCGGUCAGGCCUCGAUGUGGAGAUCUUCGGUAUGGAGGGUGUUCCUGAGGAUGUCCUCCAGGCUCAUCAGCAGCGUGUGGCGGCUCAGUACCACCAGGCUGAGGCGGAGCGACAAGCCGUGACUGGUAACCCACCAGCUGGCAGCGGUGCUGGUGGACAGCCGAACAAGAAACCCAAGUUGGAGGAUGUUUCGGAUCUCAAGGCGCGAUUGGCCGCGCAUCGUGCCAAGCGUGCCGAGGCUGCUGCUGGCGGUAGCAGUGGAGAGGCGACACCUCUGGGUGCUGGGCAGUCUGCAUCCACCCCAACGUCAUAUGGACAACCACCAGCUACAGCUUCACCAGUAUCGCAACAGCAGCCCCCAGUGCAGCUCACAUAUCCCCCACCAUACGGAGGCGCCGCAGUCCCUGCCGCAGCUCCCUAUCAACAACAGACUGCCAGCCCAGUUUACCCGGCAUUCUCUCCACCUGGUGCUGCUCCUUACGCUCCCUCGCCGACUGGCGUUACACCCUAUGCUCCCACCGGCUAUUCUCCUCAACCAUACCCCGGCCAGCCUGCCACACCCGGCUAUGGAGCUACUCCCCCUCCCUUCCCUCAGCAACAAACACCUCCAACAGACACCGGCCUUCCUCCUCGACCCGGCAGCUUGCCAACACUCGCCGGUCUCCCGCAACGACCUGCAUUCGCCGCCCCUCCCAUCAACGCGCAACAGAUGCAACAGAUGCAUAUGGGCCACCCAGCUCCGCCCACACCAGCCACUGGUUACGCCAAUGGCAAUGCAACUCAAACGCCUGGUCAGAUCUCGUCCUCCGUUGACGACCUGAUCUCAAGCGCAGCCAAAGAAGCUGCAGCACCUGAGAAAGCAGCUAAGAAGGACAAGACCAAGAACACUCGAAUGAUCUACUCGGAUGAGAAUACUAGCCCCGAAGAAAAAAUGGCCAAGCUUGCACGAUAUGCAUUCUCACGAUCUGCAUUCCAGCAGGAGACAGCCCUGGGCGAGAUCCCGGCUUCGGUCGUUGUGGGUACAAUUCGCGACCAGGAUACCGUUAUCGAUCCGGCGCAUUAG